UCUACAGGCGAAGGGCUUAAUGUUUUGAACACCUUAGAUAUUAUUCAGGAUUCUGGAGUAAGGACCGCUAAAGUUGGUGAGACAGUGACUUUACCCUGCUCCUGUCAGCAUAAUGCCGUAACUUAUCUUUACUGGUACUACCAAAUCCAGGGAGAAAAACCCCGUAUCAUAUCAAAACGGAUGAAGCAUGAUCCGCAAGCCGAAAUUUCCCUUGCAUAUGAAGAAAGAUUUCGAGUUCUUGCGAGGUCCAAAGAUGGCGUCAAUGACCUGAUGAUCACGGAUCUUCAGCCUUCGGAUUCAGGAACGUAUUACUGCGUGAUGUUAGAGUUCAACGCCAUCGAAUUCGGACGAGGGGUUUUCCUCCAUGUCAAGACAUCUUCAUUGAACGCUCAGGCAUCCAAACAACAGCCAACGCUGAAGAAGCUUCUAAGACUCGGGGACUCUGUGAAUUUGAGCUGUAGUGUGUCUGCUGAGCCCUGCGAAGGGGAACGGAACCUCUACUGGUUCAGACGUACCGCCUCCCAACCGCCACUCAUCUAUCCCAGUGAAGGACACUGCACAAGUCUUUCUAAUGGAACCCUCUACGGUAUAAACUGCACUUCGAACCUCCAGUUGGACCCCGUGAGGUCCUCGGAUGCUGGGACCUACCACUGCGCUCUGGCCUCCUGUGAGUCGGUUGUUUUUGGAGGGGGAACAAAGGUGGAGAUCGCAGUGCCUUCAGUCGUUCUGGGUUCCCUAAGCGUUGCUCUUGCGCUUUCCACCAUCGGGCUCCUUGUUUUAAGCUUCCUGAGGUACAAACUGAAGUCAAAGUUAUGCUCUUCCUGCAAAGGGACGGGUAAGCACCGGAUGUGUUCUGAGGCCCGAGACGCCGCUCAGGAGAAUCAGACAGAAAGCCUCUAUUAUGCUGCUCUGAAUCUGAAGAGAAGCGUUGAGAGACAGCAGCAAGAGGACAACGUCGAGAGUGUCUGUGUGUACUCCAGAGUACGGAGCAGAAAGGAAUAAAGCACAACCGUCUACAUGAAGGAGAUCAAAACCUACCAAAAUAUUUGAACGAAAUAAAGUACUUUUUUUGUCA